CUUCACCCGCUACACAUCAUCUUCAUAGACUAGAAAAGGUCCAUUCCAGGGAGUUUACACCUCGAGUCAAACAAACUUUCGCAGAACUUUCCCUUGAUCUCCCCUCUUCCAAUAUGAAUCCCCACCAACAGAACAAAGUCGAUACUGCUUCCUUAUCCCCUGAAGAGCAACGCCUAUUGCGUCUCUACGGAAAGAUGCCCACCAAGAAGGAUCUGUUGCAGAACAAACUGAAGGAGCGGAAGUACUUCGAUUCAGGUGACUACGCCCUGAGCAAGGCCGGCAAAGCCUCUGAUGUGGGUGUCACCAAUAUUGGUUCUCAGCACCCCGUUCCCGAAAACAUUCCUCAUUUGACGGCUACCUCUCCUGGGGCGAAUAACCCAGCAGCUGCCAGUAAUGGUGGCAGUACCAACUCUCAAGGACAGCAGAUUCCUGGCAGCAUCAGUGGGCACCCAGGCUCCAUUGGUUUUCAAAGCCGCAGCCCGGUGAAAGAAGGGAGCUAUCUACAACGCGGAACUAGCGCAGAUGAGUCUGAGGGUAAUACCACUGCACCUAAAGAUGCAAAGGAACCCAGCGUGAGUCCGCCCCCUGCUCGUAGUGGCGUUCCAAUCCGGCGAUAAUGGGUCUUUGGCUCAUCCUCUCUUCUUAUUCCCCCCCUAUUCUUCUGUUUGUUCUUCUUCAUCAUCAUCAUCAUCAUCCGUGUUUGUUUCUGGUUUUUGUUGCUCUUCCCGGUGAUGGCCACAUAAAAAGAGCAUGGCGCUAUGGUUUUGUGUUCUAUGAUGUUGCCACGAAGCUACCCUACCCUCGCCUUACCCACUAAACCUUUUCUUCUGGAUUUUUUCCCCUACCUUU